UCCCACAGUCCUGGCUCACCUGGACGUCCCUAACCCGCGCUACCUGGGCCCCGCUAUCUCCUCGGGGGCCAUCUACCUGGCCUCCUCGUACCAGAACAAGCUGCGGGUCAUCUGCUGUAAGGGCAGUCUGAUCCGAGAGUCCGGGGAUCUGCAGAGGACCGGCUCCAGCAGAGGGAGCCCCAGUAAGCGCGGCCCCCCCACCUACACCGAGCACAUCUCCAAGCGCCUGGUCUCGGGCCCCGGCAGCCAUGAGGGCCUCCACCGGGAGCCCAGCACCCCCCACCGGUACAGGGAGGGAAGGACCGAGUUCAGGAGGGACAAAUCCCCCGCCCGGCCCCCCCUGGAGCGGGAGAAGUCCCCGGGCAGAGGGCUGGACGCCCGCAGGGAGAUGGACCCCCGCAGAGAGAGGUCUCCGGGGAGGUUCGGGGACAGCGGCCGGCUCCACGCUGGGUCUGUGAGGACGCAGCUGGCCCCCGCCAACAAGGUGCUGGGGAGACCCCGUUUGUUUUAGUAUCAGACUUAAGAAACGAUAAUACCUUGUUGCCGGAUAAAGUCUGAAAUGUUUUUCA